AUGGAUUCGGUCAACGACCCAAGCAAUCCAGCAGCUCAGCAGACACCAACCAGCUCUAUACGUGGAAAAGCGACUCCCGAUGAAAUAUUACCUUCAGAACGUGCACCUUCCAAUCUGCAACCUGCUGAGCAGCGACAUUUUAUUUCUCCUUACUGGCCCCCUACUUCCAACACAGACAGCGAACGGACUGUGGUUGGUACCACAGGCGACGAUAAGCUAGAUAGCGCUCUCACUACACCUGAUGAAGUCAAGCAGCAAUCCGUGCAUGAAAUCGAAGGCGCAGUGAAAGGGGAAGCCCAUAUCUCCUCAGAAUUUCUGGACGAUUUCUCUCACCUAAAGAAGUUGGACUUACGGCCUUGCUCUUUCACGUCCCUCGCCGACGCCUUUCGUGCAUCAUUGUGCGUAGUCCGCUGCCUCAGGGGUAUGCUUUACCUGAAUUCUGGUUGUGCAGGCAUUGGGUUUGCAGAGAGUCAGCCAGGGGACAACGGAUCUAUACAGGGACUACAUUCUGGAAGCCGUCCGGCCGCUGCAGACGUUUUAUCCCACCAAGAAUCAUUCGUUGCUGACGAGGCUGCGUAUGGUCACUUGCUAAAGCAACCUGAUAGUGCUUCAGAAGAGCCAGGUUCUGGUCCGGCGCAAGCAGUGUCUGAAGGCACCUCGGAGACUUCACGAAAGGGGCUUUCGUCUCCCGUGCAGCGACCGUUACCGCCGUCAGGUUGCAGUGGACUAGCCCAAGGUGGAAUACUAGAAAGAUUGCCACAGCCGCAAGUGGUUCCAGGCGUGUUCACCUCAGAAACUGCACAAACCCAAGGAAGAUUGGAGUACGAGCUCUCUGUGUGCAAAGCGCUUCUGUUACUGCAGCAUCUAUCUCCCAACAGCACAACGACGGUCGAAGAAUCACCAGCAGUCACGUCUCCACAAAGAGCCUCAUCCCAGAAUAUCGCGGCCGGUGCUGCCCUAUACUCACCAUACACCUCCACUCAGAAAACGAGCGAACUUACCAAGGUUUCAGAUUCUAGUUGUAGAGGGUUUCAGGCAGCCAUCCUUGAAAUCCUGCUUCGGGUGCGGCUUCUUCAAGGAACACAGCAACUAGUGCGAGCUGACUUCGCGAGGCUUUUGCAUCAGCAGCAGAAACAACAACAACAGCUGCUAAAGGCUGUACAAACUACUGUGAUGAAACUAGAAGCGGAGAGAGAUUCCCUUUUGGGGCGCGUGCAGAGGCUGUCCACAUUUGUGAGCCGCAAGUGA